AUGGCUUUUUCUACCUUCAAUGUAAUAAAAACAAAUGAUGUAACUGUACUUGAUGAUGAGAACAAUAAAUAUGAAGGCAAAUCAGUUAUUAUUCAAUAUCCCGGUUAUCGUAUAUUAAUUAUAGACACUGGAUUAUUAGAAAGACAUAGAAAACCAAAUAUUUUAUCUACAAUUGAUGUCAUCAUUGUAUUACAAUGGAAUUCAACUGUUCAAUUAUCAUUAAAUAACUUGUUCAAUGAAAUUGUUAGCAAACAAUUCAUAUUUGAAAAGUGCACAUGUUUAAUUCUACCAACGAUAUGUCAAUUGAAACAUAUUCAAUUCAAUUCACUUCAACAUAAAUUAAUAAAAUCUUCAAUGAUCAAGAAUGAUGAAAUUAAAGAAAUGAUCUGGUUACAAAUUGCAUUGAAAUUAGGACUAACAGUUUUACAAAAAACAAAUUGUAAUAGUGAAUUACUCAAACGAAAUUUAUUAUUAUAUGAAAAAUUUGGAGUAGGAAAAUUGAAAAUAUUACCUAUCUCAACUGGAUGUGUUGCUAACCAUGGCUUAUCUUAUAGUGUAUUGUUUACAUGGAUCCCUUAUGAAAUACAAUUGUCCAACAUAACAGAACAUCAUAAGAAUUAUGCCAAAGUAUUUUUCUAUUCAGUAACAUUAGAUUCAAAAAAAGGAAAUGAUUCCGUCAAUGAAAAGCAAUUAGUUUACCAUGGAAUUGAAACUGAACAGAAGUUAAAUAAUGAAUCUAUUACAAUUACAAAAUCACUUGUACAACAAUUGAUACGAUAUGUUGGAAUGAACUGUUCAAUUAAUAAGAAAGGAAUUACAGAACAUGAUGUGACUUAUUCUCAGUCGAAAAUAACUCGGUCAAAAACAUUCACCUCAGGCUUAAAUCCACCAAAACGUACAAUUUAUACAAACGCAGUACGUUCGACAACCAAUCCAAUUUUAAGGAAAAGUCGUGAACAGAAAUAUGAAAAUGAUAUGGUUAAGUCUCCUGAAGAUAAUCAUAAGCAAAAGUGUGGAAUUAAACAAGUUACAUUCAGUGGAACGGUUAAUUAUGUUUCAACUGAAGAUUUUGUUGAGAAAGUCACAAUGAAGUCAUCCGUAAAUGUCAAUCAAUCAGUGAUACCGAAAGCACUGCCAUCGCCAAUAGUAAAGGGAAUAUCAACGAAAAAACCAUUGUCACCACAAACAACAGUAGUUAAUACUAAUACUACUAAUGCUGCCACUAUUACUACGAAUAUUCCUGAAAGUCCUGUUAUUGUAUCAAAUGAAAAAAGCAAUGGUGAAUUAUUUCUUCAAUCUAAUGAAGAAUGUUCUUUUGAAGAGAAAACAGAGAUUCUGCUAACCAAAUCAACUUCAUGCCCUAAUCAACUGGCACAGCAUACAUUAAAUAAUCAUUCUAGACCUACAUCAUUAUUUGAAAAGGAUUCCGAUUAUCAAUAUUAUUACUAUUAUAAUAGUGAUCAAGAAUAUGAAAGAUUUCCAAUAUCAGCCACCGUAUUAUUAGCUAUACCUGAAGGUGGUGAAAAUGACUACUAUGCUGAUUCACCACAAUGUAUAACAGUUAAAGAACUAAAAGAAUUAGGAUUAUAUGCUAGUGAAGAGGACGAUGAUGACGAAGAUGAAGAUGAUGAGAAUGAAAGUAACAGGAGUGAAGACAGAAAUGAAAACGAUACAGGAAUAAAUGUGUGUGAGUUAGAUAAUACAUUAUCAGAUGAUGGAACUAAUAGUCCUAGUUUCAUCAAUGAAACUGUAUCCGAUUUUAAUGAAGUGCACAUUCCAAAAAAUAUCAGUCUAACACAUCAUGAAGAAGUAAUGAUUUCAUAA